UUCUGACUGAAAAACAUCUUUCCAUAAAAAGGCUUGAAUGAUUGUUUCUGAAAAUGAGGGAUGGAUUGGUUUGUUUAUCAGCAGCAGGAAAAUGACUGGAUGUAAAAAAGUGUUUUUGUUAUUAGCUCAGACGUUCACUGAGAAGAACCUGGCUUUGCUGGACAAACAGAGACCCCCCCCCUCAGCUCUAACCUCCUCAGUCACUCAUGGGAAAAGUCUACUAUGUCAGUAAAAAUGUUGGCCUCGCCAUUCUUGCGCUGGCAGCCACCGCACUGAUUACGAUAGUAGCUCUAUCCAUCGCCUACAACAGCGAAAAGACCAAGAAUCUGAGUAACCACGGAGGGGGGGUGGCGGACACCGGCACGCCUUUGCCUCCCACCACCCCCUUCAUCCCAAAGGACCCGUGGGAUCACUACAGACUUCCAACCUCCCUCACCCCCGUCUCCUAUAACAUCACGCUGUGGCCCCGGCUGGAGCCCGGCGCUGAUGGCGUUUACGCCUUCACGGGACGGUCGGCGGUGGUCUUCAGGUGUGCAAUGGCCACAGACCUCAUCAUCCUCCACUGCAACAAGCUGAACCUCACCAGCGUCCGUGGACACCUCGCUGAGCUGAGCGGCCUGGAUGGAGCCGCUGUUCCUGACAUCCAGAGGACUUGGUUGGUGGAGAGGACGGAGUUUCUGGUUGUCCAGCUGCGCGGCAGACUGACCGCGGGAGCGUCCUACAUCCUUCAGACUGAAUUCAGAGGAGAGCUGGCUGAUGACCUGGAAGGAUUCUACAGGAGUGAAUACACGGAGAACGGCGUGAAGAAAGUCAUUGCCACCUCUCAGAUGCAGGCGACGUACGCCAGGAAAGCUUUUCCGUGCUUCGAUGAACCAGCCAUGAAAGCCGUCUUCAACGUCACCAUCAUCCACAGCAGAGAUACCACAGCUCUUUCCAACGGCCAGCAAAUAUAUUCUAGAGACUCUGUCAUUGAGAAGACGCCUGUCAGAGUUACUGCUUUUGAACCCACCAAGAGAAUGUCCACGUACCUGCUGGCUUUUAUCGUCACCGAUUUUUCCUACAAUCAGUUCAACCAAAGUGAUUUGUUGGUUCGAAUUUGGGCUCAGAGAGAAGCCAUUGAACGAGGUCACGGCGUCUACGCUCUCAAUGUGACCGAGCCCAUCCUGCGCUUCUACCAGAAGUACUACAACUCUCCCUAUCCUCUCUCCAAGUUAGAUCAAAUUGCUCUGCCGGAUUUCAAUGCUGGCGCGAUGGAGAACUGGGGUUUGGUCACGUACAGAGAGACCGCUCUGCUCUUCGACCCCCAACUCUCCUCCACUGGAAACAAGGAGAGGAUUUCAACGACCAUCUCGCACGAACUGGCUCACAUGUGGUUUGGAAACUUGGUGACCCUGCGGUGGUGGAACGACUUGUGGCUGAACGAGGGCUUUGCGUCAUACGUGGAGUACCUCGGGGUGGACUACGCCGAGCCCUCGUGGAAUGUGAAAGACCACAUCGUUCUGUACGAGAUGCAGAGAGCGUUCGCCGUGGACGCCCUGGCCUCCUCACACCCGCUCUCCAGGGGGGAGGAGGAGGUCAACACUCCUGCAGAGAUCACUGAGAUGUUUAACACCAUCUCCUACAACAAGGGAGCUGCAGUGCUCAGGAUGCUGUCGAAGUUUCUCACUGAGGGUGUCUUUGUUGUAGGACUCAGUUCUUACCUCAAUACGUUUGCCUUCAACAACACAGACCACUCAGACCUGUGGAACCAUCUCCAGCAGGCGGUGGAUAAGACGCCAGGUUUGGAAAUUCCUCACUCUGUCAAAGACAUCAUGAGCCGCUGGACUCUCCAGAUGGGCUUCCCAGUGGUGACCAUUGACACCCGCACAGGAAACAUCAACCAGACGCACUUCCUGUUGGAUCCAGACUCUGUGGUGGGAAGGCUCUCCCAGUUCAAUUACAUUUGGUAUGUUCCUGUCAAAUGGAUGAAGAAUGGUGUGGAGCAGGAACAGUACUGGCUCCUUCAGAAAUCAGCCAGUGUUGAUCAGAUGAGAGUUUCAGGGGAGGACUGGGUCCUGGCAAAUACAAACGUAUCCGGAUACUUCAGGGUCAACUACGAUCAAGACAACUGGGAUCGCCUGAUCAAUCUCCUCAGCACCGACCAUCAGACUUUACCAGCCAUCAACCGAGCACAGAUCAUAGACGACGCAUUUAACCUGGCAAGGGCAAAAAUAAUAAGUACCAAGCUGGCCCUAAGAACGACCAAGUAUCUGUCCAAAGAGAGGGACUACAUUCCCUGGGAGUCGGCGCUGGGCAGUCUCAACUACUUCAUUCUCAUGUUCGAUCGCACCGAAGUCUUCGGACCGCUGCAGGCAUAUCUAAGGAAACAAGUCAGACCACUUUUCGAGCAUUUCAGGACGCUCACGGCCAACUGGACCAUCGUUCCCGCAAACCACAAUGACCAGUACAACCAGAUAAACGCCAUUGACAUGGCGUGCAGUGUGGGGGUGAAGGAAUGUGGGGAACUCAUCAAAGGCUGGUACAGACGGUGGAUGGAAAAGCCAUCUCACAACCCGAUCCACCCCAACCUGAAGAGCACGGUUUACUGCAAAGCCGUUGCUCUGGGUGGAGUGGAGGAGUGGGACUUCACCUGGCAGAUGUUCAGGAACGCCACUCUGGCUUCUGAAGCGACGAGGCUGAGGUCGGCUUUGGCCUGCACCAAAAUACCAUGGCUGCUAAACAGGUAUUUGGAGUACACUUUGGACCCCACCAAGAUCCGUAAGCAGGACGCCUCUUCCACCAUCCAGUACAUCUACAGUAAUGUUGUGGGAAUGCCGCUGGCUUGGAACUUUGUCCGAGAAAGAUGGAGCUACAUCUUCAACCAGUACGGGAAAGGGAUGUUUUCCUUUGCUGGCCUCAUCAGCGGAAUCACUAAGAGAUUCUCCACGAAGUUCGAGUUGCAGGAGCUGGAGAAAUUCAAAGAGGACAACCUCCGUGUGGGUUUUGGCUCGGCCACCAUGGCCCUGAAGCAGGCCAUAGAGAAGACCACCGCCAACAUCAAAUGGGUGACGGACAACAAAGCGGAGGUGCUCCAGUGGUUCACGGAGGAAGCCACAUGAAGGGGACUGGCGCCCUACGUUUUUUGCGCCAUCAGGGAUUCGUAGCGAACGAUAAAUCACUGCAACGACAAAAACUCCACAACGACUGUUACCGUGACACGACAUGUCGACAGACACCAACCACAGAGCAAAGGACAAGACUGUUUUCUGUUUAAAUGUAUGGCUCCUUUGAUGUCUCCAAUGCAUGUCGUUCAGGAAUGGUCUGGAUCUCGAGCAGCCGCUUCCGAAGGCAUUAACAGUGACUCUGUGACUAUUAACCCUAACAGUGAUGGGAUGCAGACUGCCUUUCAUGCCAUUUUCAUAACUCGUGGAUAAGAUUGAAUGCUUGCCUUUUAUGUGUGUCAAUCUGCAAACGUGCAACGACUACAGGCCUCCAGCCUGUUUGCUUGGAAGCUGUACUCUGAUGUAGAGUCUGUGGGUGAAGCUGAAGGAUUUGGGGAACAAAAUUCAUGAAACUUCCUGGUAGAAAAAAAAAAAAAAUCUCAAAAUGCAUUAAAAAAUGUUACCCAUCUUAAACAGAUUCAUGUCUGCAGGGACGCCCCGUCCUGUCGUCGUUGCACAUUUUUUAUUAAUCUUCUGGUUGUUUCUCCUUUUCAAAAUAAAUAGUUUCCCCAUG